CUACAGGUUUUUUUUUUGACGUUUUGUAGGUUUUUUACAUGAUACCUGUGCCGGUUUUAGAAUCCAUUUUUCAAAUCUCAGAGGUCUUACCAAUGCUGCAGCCGGAGGAGAAAUUUCUCACCUACCGCCGUCGAAUAGUCGUACGUAUAACACCUAAUAGCAACGGAAUCUGGCUAUAGGUGGAUAGCAGAAUUAUGGAUUUACCAGGUUCUUCUGUUGUAUAAGAAGGCAUUAACAAUGAUAAGCGAAAAUAGUCACUGCGGUAGAAACUAUGGAUGUAUCAAAUUCCGACUGAAAUAUUUAAGAAAAAGGUAGUCUUUUG